UAUGUAUGUGAGAAGUAUGAGGAGAGAGAAAGAAUAGGAUUUGACUUCAUGUAGAGAGAGAAAGAGAAGAAACAGAAGAAAAGAAAAGAAGAAAAGGUAAAGAGCGAGGUACAGGGCCGUGUGUUUGUGUGUACUUCUACUCCCAUGGAAGAAAAAAGAGAGAAGAAGACAUAUACAGCUGACAAACCCUAAUAAAGAGUUUAAACUACUUCAACAACAAAGAAGAAUUAAGAAGAAGAAGAAUAAGAGGUUUUGGAUAAUAGAAGUGAGGUACGUUAUAAAUUGGAAUCUUAAGAUAGGCCGAUUGUUUUGCCUUUUGUGCUCAAUGGUUGAGGUAACAGUGGAUCUGGAACUUAGUGUAUUAAACAGAGAUCCACGCGACAGCCGGAGGAAGAUUGUUUGUUUUGCGGAGAUAGUGCAACUCUAGAAUGUUCAGAAUCAAAGAUUGUUUUCUGGUUUUGGCUUGUUUUGGUGUCUGGCUUAUGUUGUGUAAAACUCAGCACAAUAUGCUCUGGCAUAAAGCUUUACCAUUUCUAUUGGUGCACACUAAUGAGUCUGAAGCCUUUGGCCUUGGAUUUUGGGUUGAAAUACUAUCUGGGAUGAACUCUGUUCCCUGUUCUGUGAAACUUGUUAUGUAAUCUUAGUUUAGUCAAUUCAUGUUUUAGAUAAUUAGUCUUUACUUGGUUCAGUGUUUGUAUCUUGUUGUUUUGAGAAGCAAUGGUACCUUCCGGGCCGACCCCUCCUAUUGGUGGUGCCCAGUCUGUUCCUCCUUCUCUUUUGAGAUCCAAUUCUGGUAUGUUGGGAGCUCAAGGUGGUCCACUACCUGGACAGACAGCUUUUCCUUCACUUGUCUCGCCUCGAACUCAAUACAAUAAUAUGAAUGUGCUUGGAAAUGUUCCUAACGUUUCUUCUUUCCUUAAUCAAUCUUUUGGUAAUGGGGUUCCAAAUUCUGGGCUUUCUGGUCCUGGAAGUGGCCAGCGUGGUGGUAUUGAUACAGGGUCUGAGUCAGAUCCACUUCCUUCUGUUGGCAAUGGAAUGAACUUUAAUGCUCCUUCAUCAACUUAUGUAUCACCAAAUAUGGCUAACCCUGGCUCUUCUGGUCAAGGUCAGGGUCAAUAUUCUAAUGCUUCUGCUAACCAGCUUUUAUCGGAUCAACAGCAGUCUCAGCAGCUUGAUCCUCAGAGUUUCCAACAUGGCCAGCCGCCAAUGCAACAGUUUUCUGCUCCUCACAAUACACAGCAACAGCAACAACAAUAUCAGGCUAUGCGAGGAGGCUUAGCUGGUGGACAGGUCAAGUUAGAACCCCAAGUGAACGAUCAUGGACAACAGCAGCUGCAAUCCCAACAACAACAACAGUUGCAUCCCUUGAGAAAUCUUAGUGCGGUAAAGAUGGAACCACAGCAACUACAGAGUAUGAGAAGCUUACCGGCAGUAAAGUUGGAACCCCAGCAUUCUGAUCAGUCUUUGUUUAUGCACCAACAGCAGCAGCAGCAACAACACCAGCAGCAACAGCAGCAGCAGCAACAACAACAACAUCAACAGCAACAACAGUUCCUCCACAUGUCAAGGCAGUCCUCGCAAGCUGCUGCAGCUCAGAUUAACCUCUUGCACCAGCAAAGAUUCUUACAAUUACAGCAGCAGCAACAUUUCUUAUCGACUAUGCCUCAGCAUCAGCAACGGUCUCAACUACAACAGCUUCAACAGCAAAAUUUGCCAUUGAGAUCUCCUGCUAAACCUGCAUAUGAACCUGGGAUGUGUGCAAGGCGUUUGACAAGUUAUAUGCAUCAGCAACAACAAAGGCCUGAAGACAAUAAUAUUGAAUUCUGGAGGAAAUUUGUCUCUGAUUUCUUUGCUCCCCAUGCAAAAAAGAAAUGGUGCGUUUCUAUGUAUGGAAGUGGUCGGCAAACAACUGGUGUUUUUCCACAGGAUGUAUGGCAUUGUGAAAUAUGCAAUCGAAAGCCUGGCCGUGGGUUCGAAGCGACAGUAGAGGUUCUCCCCCGGCUUUUCAAAAUAAAGUAUGAAAGUGGUACUUUGGAGGAACUUUUGUACAUUGAUAUGCCCCGUGAGUACCACAAUUCUUCAGGCCAGAUUGUCUUAGACUAUGCAAAGGCAAUACAAGAAAGUGUUUUUGAGCAACUUCGUGUUGUUCGUGAUGGCCAACUACGAAUAGUUUUCUCUCCUGACCUCAAGAUAUGCUCUUGGGAAUUUUGUGCAAGGCGUCAUGAAGAGCUAAUCCCUCGGAGAUUGUUGGUACCUCAGGUUAGUCAGCUCGGUGCUGCAGCUCAAAAAUACCAAACUGCUACUCAAAAUGCUUCUUCGAAUCUAUCACUUCCAGAGAUGCAAAAUAACUGUAAUAUGUUUGUGGCGUCAGCUCGCCAAUUGGCGAAAACUUUGGAGGUGCCAUUGGUGAAUGAUUUAGGCUAUACAAAGAGAUAUGUACGCUGCUUGCAGAUUUCGGAAGUGGUUAAUAGUAUGAAAGAUUUGAUUGAUUACAGUCGAGAAACAGGGACAGGACCUAUGGAGAGUUUGAACAAGUUUCCUAGAAGGACUAGUACGUCAUCUGGGGUUCACAGUCAAGCACAACAAUCUGAUGAACAGCUUCAACAGCAGCAACAACAGCAACAGCAGCAACAACAGCAGCAGCAGCAGCAGCAAGCAAUGUCCCAUAAUUCAAACGGUGAUCAAAACACUGUUCAAGGUACUAUGCAACUUGCUGCAAGCAACGGUGUGGCUAGUGUAAGUAAUGCUAUGAAUACAGCUUCCACAUCUUCCUCUCCAAGUACAAUUGUUGGGCUGCUUCACCAAAAUUCCAUGAACUCGAGACAGCAAAGUUCUUUGAAUAAUGCAAGCAGUCCUUAUGGAGGUAGUUCAGUGCAGAUUCCAUCACCCAGUUCUUCUAGUACGAUCCCACAGCCACAACCUAAUCCUUCACCAUUUCAGUCACCAACACCCUCGUCGUCUAACAAUCCUCCACAACAAACAUCACAUGGUGCCUUGUCAGCUGGUAAUCACAUGAACACCGCAAAUUCACCUGGAAAUAUCUCCAUGCAACAGCCUGCUCUUUCUGGUGAGGCUGAUCCGAGUGAUUCACAGAGUUCUGUUCAGAAAAUCCUACAUGAAAUGAUGAUGAAUAACCAUCUUAAUAAUAGCCCGGGAGGUAUGGCCAGUGUUGGAUCGAUGGGGCAUGAUGUGAAAAAUGUGAACGGUAUAUUACCAACGAAUAACAACACAGGUAUAAAUAAUAGCAACUGCCUAGUGGGGAACGGCAUGGCCAACGCUAAUUCGGGUAUGGGGGUUGCAGGGUUUGGAAAUAUGGGUGGUGGACUUGGUCAGUCUGCCAUGGUUAACGGAAUCCGAGCUCAAAUGGGAAAUAAUUCCAUGGCAAACGGAAGGGUAGGAAUGCCGUCCUUAGGUCGAGAUCAGAUCAUGCAUCAUCAACAGCAAGAUUUGGGAAACCAGCUGCUUAGUGGGCUAGGAGCUGUUAAUGGGUAUAAUAAUCUUCAAUUUGAUUGGAAGCCAUCCCCUUGAAAAAAAGCUCAAUGUGAACGCCAUUGACAUUGUGGUCGUUGAUUAUGGCUGCAUGUGCAGCCUGAGCAAAAUGACAGAAUUGCCCCUGGGUGGGUGGUGGCCCUGUGGAGACAUAGAUGAUCAAAAACAAGAGCUGCUGAUAUAUAUUUAACAGGGCUGCUCUCCCACUUUGUACUAAUCUCAAAUUUAUAUAUAAGAAAAGGAAAAUCUGGUGGCUGGUUUGUGUUGCUGAGGGCUAAUUUUUCUUGUGUUUUUUUUUGGUACUUCUAUAUAUUCUUUUCCUUUUUUUUCUUUUUUAAAUCUUAAUAUAUUACAGUAAUAGAUUUUGCACCUUCCACAGUCUCUUUGUUUUUCCUUGUGUUAGCGGAUUGGGCAGAGCAUAUGAUUGACCAAAAUAGUAUAUUACUAUAUUCUAGCAAAACAAGCUCUGUUUUUCUUUUGUAGCUUCCUAAAUAUUGCUCUAAUUCCAAAUUUAAAAUAUAUAUUUAUUUAUGAA